CCACUCCCUCUCUUCUCUUCUCCUCCUCCUCCCCCCCUUUAUCAAAUUGAUUUCUCCUCCCUUGACACUAAGCGCUUUCUGUCUUCCGACCACGAAUACUUUACUUCCCUCAUCCGCACCGCAACUCCUCCUACCUUCUACCUUUCACUCCCUCUCACACUGACUUCGUACACAAUCCAUCAUGGCCGCCCCUAGUUCGAAGUACGACAACUAUGACUUUCCCACCACUGCGCCGGUUGCCCACGCCGGCCACCCUGGCCACACCACCCCAGAGCAGGAUGCAAAGGUAGAACAGCUUCGGAGUGAGCUGGAGCAGCUCGGCUACACUGAAAGGCUGGAUACUUUGACUUUGCUCCGCUUUUUGAGAGCGAGAAAGUUCGACGUUGCCCUUGCUAAGACUAUGUUCCUCGAGUGCGAAAAGUGGCGGAAGGAGUUUGGUACUGACGACCUGCCUCGCACUUUCGACUACAAGGAGAAGCCAGAAGUGUUCAAGUUCUACCCUCAGUACUACCACAAGACCGAUAAGGAUGGAAGACCUGUCUACAUCGAGAAAUUGGGCAAGAUCGAUCUUACCGCUAUGUACAAAAUCACCACCGCCGAGCGCAUGUUGCAGAACCUCGUCACUGAGUACGAGAAGCUUGCCGACCCCCGACUGCCCGCCUGCUCACGGAAGGCAGGUAAGCUCCUCGAGACUUGCUGCACCAUCAUGGACUUGAAGGGCGUCGGUAUCACAAGUAUCCCAUCUGUGUAUGGAUAUGUUCGUCAGGCUUCUGCCAUCUCUCAGAACUAUUACCCCGAGCGUCUGGGAAAGCUCUACUUGAUCAACGCCCCUUGGGGUUUCAGCGGCGCUUUCAACGCCGUCAAGGGCUUCCUUGACCCCGUGACUGUCGAAAAGAUCCACAUCCUUGGUUCCAACUACAAGAAGGAACUGUUGGCGCAAGUCCCCGCUGAGAAUCUCCCCGAGGACAUCGGUGGUACCUGCAAGUGCCCAGGCGGCUGUGAGCUGAGCGACCAGGGCCCUUGGCAAGAUCCAGAGUGGGCCAAGACGCCCAAGUGGGCUACUCCCAAGGAAGACCAAAACAUCGUGAAGAACGAGGAUCCCGGCCUCGAGCAGAAGGUUGAAACGCAAGAAGCCUCUCAGCCCGUUGCAUAGAAACCCGAUCUCUUUGUUUUUCUUUCUUCUUUCCGACCCCUUUUGUCUUGGAUCAACAUGGGUAAAGCUGCAGUGCCGUGUACCUCUUUAUAUUCCUUCCUCAAGUUGUCUCCGGGAAUAGUCUACGUCAAAUGUGCUUUUCUAUCUCCCUAUGGCCGUCUUGGUUCAUCUGGAUUCAACUAUUAGCUAUCUACUACCUGAAAAACGACUGCCGGCUUCCCCAUCUUGUCUUUGUUUUCACUUUGGCUUGACAUUAGAUAUUAAACAACGCAACAUGAGCGGCGUGAGGUGCUUUUAUAGAUGGAGCGGAGAAGAGUAAAUAUUGGGACAGAAUAUAAAAGUGAUUGUCUGAUUAGGGAUUCGGGGUUCGAGUUCAAUAUACAACUUGGUGCGUAUUGGUUACGGAAAGGGUGAGUUGUAACAUGGUAUGUUGGCCUGAACACGUAACACAAGUUAUUUCCUGAAUAGUCGAU